GUACCAGGCAGCCCAGUCCGCCACGUGCAAUCUACUGCCGCGGAGCGAAACGCGCCCAUCCUCGGCCUUCUGCUCUGCUCCCGCCAGCCACCGCACCAGGAGUCGAUGGCCACUGCAGCGGCUUCGGCGCCGGCGGCGCCGCUGGGGACGCUGGUAUGCGCUUCCCUCACGGCGCGGUCGCCUCAGGAGAUGGCGGCUGAGGUGGCCGCCACCGCCGCUCUCGGCGCCGACGUGGCGGAGCUCCAGGUCGGCUGCCUCGACGGGUUCCAACCGCGCAGAGACCUGCCCGUGCUCCUCGCCCAGCCCCGCCCGCUCCCCGUCAUCGUCGCCUACAGGCCGAAAUGGGAAGGAGGCCAAUAUGAAGGCGAAGAUGAAACGCGGUUUGAGACGCUUCUGUUGGCAAUGGAGCUGGGAGCUGAAUACGUGGAUAUUGAAUUUAAGGUUGCCGACAAAUUUCUGAAAUUUUUGUCGGGGAGGAAACCGGAAACCUGUAAGCUCAUCGUUUCGUUUCAUAACUAUGAGUGCACUCCAUCGGGAGAGGAGCUUCUGAGUUUGGUGGAUCAGAUUCAAGCAACAGGGGCUGAUAUUGUGAAAAUUGCGACCGCUGCUACUGAAAUUGAUGAUGUGUCAAGAAUGUUUCAAGUACUUGUCCAUUGCAAAGUGAAGCAAUUGCCAAUCAUAGGGCUGGUGAUGAAAGAACAGGGUUUCAUUUCUCGGAUUCUUUGCGCAAAAUAUGGUGGAUACCUUACUUUUGCAUCUCUUGAAAAAGGAAAAGAAUCUGCCCCCGGACAGCCAACAGUAGCAGAGUUGAUAAAUAAGUACGAAAUUAGACAGAUAGGCCCAGAUACAAAGGUCUUUGGUAUUAUUGGAAAUCCAGUUGGCCAUAGUAAAAGCCCAUUUUUGCAGAAUCAAGCUUUCAGAUCAGUGGGUUUCGAUGCUGUGUUUCUGCCAUUUCUGUCGGAUGACUUGGUCAAGUUUCUUAAUACCUUCUCUUCACCAGACUAUGCUGGCUUCAGUUGCACAAUGCCCCAUAAGGAAACUGCAGUUAGGUGCUGUGAUGAUCUGGAUCCUAUUGCCAGGGACAUUGGAGCUAUUAAUACAAUUAUUAGAAGGCCUGAUGGAAAACUUGUAGGGUAUAAUACCGACUAUGUUGGUGCUAUUGCUGCUAUUGAGGAUGCAAUAAGAGCAUCACAACCAACAGAUCCGACCACUUCACCACUGGCUAGAAGGCUUUUUGUUGUUAUGGGGGCUGGUGGUGCAGCAAAAGCAGUCGCAUAUGGUGCAAAAGAGAAGGGAGCAAGAGUUGUAAUUGCUAACCGUACUUUUGCCCGUGCUCAAGAACUUGCCAACUUAAUUGGGGGGACUGCUUUAACCUUGUCUGAGUUGGAAAACUACCAUCCAGAGGAAGGCAUGAUUCUUGCAAAUGCAACAUCUGUCGGAAUGUUUCCGAAUGUCAAUGACACUCCUCUAUCUAAGAAAGCUCUUAGAAACUACUCCAUUGUCUUUGACGCGGUUUACAUUCCAAAAGAGACAAGACUUCUCCGAGAAGCUGCUGAAUGUGGAGCAACAGUUGUUGACGGUCUGGACAUGUUGGUAAGACUAGUGAUGGUUCAAUUUGGGCUUUUCACAGGGGGCAUGCCAGCUCCACAAAGGUUGAUGCGUGAGGCUAUUCUGACAAACACACAAUAAUGCUUCUACAAAAAUGCAAGGUCUCUGCCUGCUUGGUCCUGAACGGUGGGGCUACGUUUGGAGCUUCAAUUCUAUAGCUUAGAGACAGAAACUUGCUUCGCCAAAGAAUAUGUACGGUUGUAAGAAUAAAUCUCUUUUUGCUUCUUUGGAUGAUGGUAAAUUCUGAGCACUUGCAAAUUCGUUGGAACAUCAUGGCUCCUCAUUUGCUAGAGAUUCUUACAUGUCCGCGUCUGUUCUGUCCUUUUAAUCUCUGGAUUCAGGAUAGGUUCGCCAUUCAGGCGUUGUCUCCUUUGUAACAAAAUGCCUGAUUAGGGGAUGGUCUGGAUUGAAUUGAAACGUUUUGGUGUAUAUUCGUUUAUGCUCAAAACUUCCUCUUUUUUCCGGCUUUCCCAGCCAGAAAUGUGUUAGAAAGAUCAGUAGAAAUCAGUAACAAUAUGCAGCUGUGGAAUCAAGUGUACGUUACAUUCUGUGAGAAUGCAAGAUGUUCAGUUAUCACUUACCUAUGU